AAUUUUUGCAUUUCGAGAUGGAACGAAUUGUCCAUGAUACAGAUGAAUUGUUGUCACUGAGAAACAUAAAUUUCAAAGACAAACGGGCUAAUUGUCAAUGUAACCUAGAUCCAGCGGCUAAAUAGCAAUUAGCAAAUUGGCCAAUUGCAUCUAUAUGUGGAAAAAUUAAAGGAGGAAAAUGGUAAAUCAAAAUCAAUAUUUUCUAAAGGUUUGACUUUGACAUAUACAACAAAGCUAAAAUUUAUUUUAUUUUAGAAAAUUCCAUACCGUAUAAAAUACUACGUAUAUAGCUACACUACAUAUUACUUGUAUAUUUAAUUAAAGUGCACAUUGGUCCUAGGAGUAAAAAUGAUAUAAAAUUCAAGAUGUGAGUACUAUAUUUUCACUUGAAUACAAGUAAAUUACUGUUGUAACAAACUUAUCUAUAUCCGAGGCUCUAGGGUUGGCUUUUGCUUUUCCGGCGGUGCCUCCUCGGCACGGUGUCCGGCUGUUUUUCCGGCGGUACCUCUAAGGUACGGUGUCCGGCAGUUUCUUCGGCGGUGUCUCUUAAGGCACAGCGUCCGGUUUUUCCUAUUUGUUGAUGUAGGUUCCUGCGGUUUUCGACCCUCGGCUUCGACGUUGUGCGGUCAGGAUGAGCAUAGUUAGUUGGAAUUGUAGGGGAUUGGGGAAUUUAGCAACGGUCCAAGGUGUUGUUGAUAUUGUCAAAGAACUUCGGCCGUCCAUCAUCUUCCUUAUGGAGACCAAAAUCUCCUAUAGCCGAGCAAAAGAAACCCUUAGGAUGCAGGGGUUUUAUAACAGCGAAGGCAUGGACAACGAAGGAAGUAGUGGUGGAAUUAUAAUGGGCUGGAAUGAUGACAUAGAAGUUGUGAUCAAGGAGAAGCAUCAAAAUUAUGUGGACUGUCAGGUUCGGAGUAGAGAGGGUGAGCUGCCUUGGCGUUUGACUGGCUAUUAUGCUUACUCGGAUACCAGGCGUCGGCGAGAAGCAUGGGAUAUGCUUCGAAGGUUAGCGGAACACAACACGAUGCCGUGGAUUGUCAUUGGAGAUUUCAAUGAUAUACUUUACGAAUCGGAGAAGAAAGGAAAUGUACCACAACCUCCUUGGAGGCUAAAAGGGUUCACGG